AUGUCGAAAGAGUUAAAAUUCAAACAAUUCACAAAAGAAAAGAGAAAAUACACCCCAGCAUCUCAAUGGGAUAGUCACAAAGAAUUCAUUCUACAAAAACUUGCAGAGAAAACUUCUCAAAAGGGUAUCAUCGAAGCACUGAGACUUGAAAGAGGUGUUAAUAUUAAAUUACGUCAGUUGAAACGACAAAUAGAACAAUGGGGGGUCGGUAGACGGAAUCUCAACCGUCGACAGCGUGCUUACAUCUGGACUGUUUAUCGGCAGCGGAGGAGGGAAGGGAAGAUGAGCACGAGCUUUCGGUUUAAAAUCGAUGGAAGAGUUGUUACAGAGAAGCAAGUCGAAACGGUGAUUUACGGGGACGGUAGUGAUAUUGUGGACAGCCAAAACAGUGAGGGCCAGACUCCCGGGCUGGUUUAUUUCACGCCAAUGGCUAUGACUGGUGACCCGGUCGAUCCAACCGUAGAAGAUUAUAAUCGUAUUGACAAUAUUGAGGGCGAAGAUAUCGACAAUACGGUAUCUUCCGCCCCAUCUGAAAUUCCGGAGUGUCAGGGUCUGAACCAAAUGAAGUCAAAGAAAUGCGACAAAUCAUACCAAACUAUUGGAAUUGCCGAACUAUUAGGCGAACGGUCUACAAAAUCAACUUGUGAGGACCUACAAGCUCUCUGCGAGGAUGUCCUGAACUCUGUCCAGGGAAUUAAGGCAGCGGUAUCCGCAGAUGCUGGACCACUGCCAAUAGAGCAGCGGCCGAAAGAUUACUCUGCUUAUUUCGCAACCGAGUUAGAGAAUCGGAUCAAGUACGAAAAACGAAUGGCGUCAUUAUUCUUACAAGAGAUGGACGAAGAGAAAGCAAAAUCUGGAGAUACUUUGAGCGCAGAAGAGUGCUACUCACGUUGGAUCCGCUACCCCUCUCGAUAUACCGGGAUCUUGAUCGACUUGAUCCCAAUCAACAAAGAGUGA